CAGUUCACUCGUUUCGGUAUUCUGGAAUAUUUUGGCAACGUCGCAAUUUCGCUUCUGCUCUAUAUCGGCAAUCGAACUUGCUUUGAUGAUUGUAACCUAUAGGUUAGAAUUAUAACAACAAAACUGUUACGGAGUUUUUCUACAGUUGUUCUACGUUUCUACGUCUUACUUCGACUUGCAUUUUCUGUUACAAUCAUCAAAGCAAGUUCGAUUGCCGAUAUAGAACAGAAGCGAAAUUGCGACGUUGCCAAAAUAUUCCAGAAUACCGAAACGAGUGAACUGACGGCACGACACCGGUAUACCGUGAAGUUAGAGCCUAAAAAGGUACACCGAGGAGUUUACAACACCUUGUAAACCCUAACGUAUACGCUCAAUUGGCCUUACUCUUCAGGGACCGACGAUAUGUGCCGAUAGAGGCCUAGUCUAACCUUUAGAGUUUAAAACAAAAACACCUAAGUACAAAGGUUACACCCGGUUUUCUAGUCACUUAAACUACUUAUAUUAACGUAAAAUCAUUUGAACAUGAGCAUACUUCUGACUACAGAGGAGGGCUGGAUAAUCUCGCAUUUACAUUAUUUAAAUGAUAUUUAUAAGCAUGUGCAGCACGAACAACAAUACAAAACAUUACAGAUUAAGGAAACUUUCUUCAAAAUCACUUCGCCAUAUUUACGCCAGAACCAAAUAGAGAGACUCAAUAAAAUAGAAAGCAACAACUAUUCUUCAUCGAACAGAAAGAGGAAAAUGUUACACAAACUUCCACACAAUAUCUUGGAACAAAAUGAUUUCGUCAAGGAUGCUUCACAAAAGAUUCUCAAAAAAGCUCAGGCUUUGAAGUUGUUUAAAAAGAUAGCUGAAGAUAAUAAUGUAGAAUCAAGGGAAGAGUCUAAAAAAUUCUUUACAACUUUUCCAUGUACAACUUACAAGUUUUAUGGUAGCAAUACAAAAGAAACUCCAAUUAUUGCUGAAUUUCAAAAUGAAAAAUAUGUUUUUCCAGAAUAUAGUGAAUUCUAUUGUUAUGAUAUCAGGCAAAUACAGGAAGUAUUCAGUUUUUCUAAAAACUUUGACUUGAUCCUUCUGGAUCCACCAUGGUGGAAUAAAUCAAUAAGAAGAAAAAGGAAAAAACAUCAUGAAAGCAGCUAUAAUAUGAUGCAUGAUAAAGAACUUACAAAAAUACCUGUUGGAAAUCUUUUAAGUUCAAAAGGAAUUGUUGCAGUUUGGUGUACAAACUCUUCAACUCAUCUCAAUAGUAUUUUGUAUGAAAUAUUUCCUAAUUGGGGUGUAACGUUUAUGGCCAAAUGGUAUUGGCUUAAGAUCACGCAAAAUGGAGAAAUGAUUUGUAAUUUUAACGAAGUACAUGGAAAACAACCCUAUGAACUACUUAUUUUUGGAACGACCGAUACAAAAUUAAUUUUUAAAAUACCUGAUCAAAAAAUUGUCAUAAGUGUUCCAAGCGCUGUUCAUUCUCAUAAACCUCCUUUAACAGAUUUUAAAAUUUGUUGGUUGGAAGAAGAUUUAGAUAAAAUUAAUUUAAUUAUUCGAUGAUAUGACUCGAAUCGCAUGGAUGAGUAUUUAGAAAUAGGUCUAUUUUUUAAAAUCUAUUUACAGUAAUGAAGUAGCAGAUGAAACUUUGGUUUUAAAUUUCCAAACAGUUGAAUAUACCUAUCACUAAAUUCAGUUAUGACAGUUUCAAGUUGUAAAAUAUGCGAAUAUUUUAAAACUGGAGAAGUUACUAAAUGAAUGAUUGAUCUUAAUUGUUUAUAUAAUGUCCAGUAUUUGUUAUCAGGAUUUAUAAUACCUCCGACAAUAAGGCCAAAAUAACGCGAGAAAAAUAAACACUCAGCUGCAGACAUUUUUAACCUUCUAUUAUUUUUUAAAUAAUCUAAAUUUAUAGCAGGUGGUAUAUUGGAGGAUUCAAAACCAAAAUUCAUGCUACGCAGCUUAUAGUUAAUAUAGUCUAAUUUUAAUACUUUAUCUUCAACAAUAAAUUGUAAUAGAAUCUCCG